CCAUGAAGUCCACCUGCCUGAUCAUUCUGGCAUCUCUGGCAGUCUGCAACCUGACCAUGGCUAGAGGACAGAGCAUCCCCGAUCAAGAGAAAACGGGAGACCGGCAGAUAGACGACAUCAUCCUACAGAGGGCCGAGGGCAUCCUGCUCCGCUCCAUUCUAAAAAUGACAGAGGAUGAGGAUGAGGCAUUGUCCUCUCAGCCAGAGUGGCUAGUGAAGCGGCAACACCCUGGUAAACGAGAGGAGGACGAGGACGAAGACGAAGACUCAGGGGAGGUCCAGAAAAGACAGCACCCAGGAAAACGUGAAGACGAAAUUGACUCUUUUGUGGAGCUCCAGAAAACGCAGCAUCCAGGCAAGCGCUCCAUGCUGGAGCAGAUUACAGAGGACUCCGCAUUUCUAAGUGAACUCUCCAAACGGCAGCACCCGGGCAAGCGCUACCUGAUGAUGUACAGCAAGCGCCAGCAUCCUGGGAGGCGAGAUGUGGACGAGUCAGACGCAGGGGACCUCCAGGAGUUGGAGAAGCGCCAACAUCCCGGCAAACGUUACUGUCCCUGUGACGUGCUGAACCCUGGCUGCAGUAAAGCCAACCUGUUGCUCGAGCUGUUAGACAACGUGACAAAGAGUCGCGCCGCGGAGAAGAGACAGCACCCAGGCAAAAGGUCCGCACCUGACGAGGAUUUGACUGAACGGGAGUGA